AAAGUGAAAAAUUGGCGCUCAAUGUGAGAACUGAGAAGCAGAUAAGGCCUGAAGCGGUAACAGAAACACGACCGUCUACCUCAGUUCGUCCAUCCUCACCGUGAAUCGUACUGUCGAAGCAGAUCAGCAGGGAAGAAGACAAGUUGAGCCCUACUUCCACUCACACUUGUCGGCGUUCUUCACUUCGCCGUAAAGUUCGUUAUCGGCCGAAUCGACCCUGCAGCUUUUUAUUUCGCAGACCGCAGUUUCCCUGCUGCCCCCGUUCGCCUGUGCUUCGAUUUUUAGAUCCGCAUGGUUGAACCAUGAAUACUGAAUGGAAUCCAAAUUCCCUGAGAAGAGAUCCGAAUUCUAAAACCACGGUGGCUAACAGAGCGCCAUUUACAGACAUCUCAAACUUUAAUAUCACUCCAAUCGAGACUCUUCGCAAACUCUGCUCCUCCUCCACUACUAAUGCCUCCAGUGCCCCCUCGUUUGGGACCUACUCCUCCAGCACUGAAUCAACCAUUCUGAAAUCCCCAAUUUCAGUUUUGCUGUCGGACACCAGUGUCGGAUCCUCCUCUCCUGUCCUAAUACAGAACGCCAGAAAGCUCGGGUUAUCUGCUCCUCUUCGCAUCCCUGUCUCGUCUCGUUCAUCACAUAGCACUUCAGAUUCUGCAGAUGGUGAACCAGAAGUUUAUGGUCAAAGUGAGACUCUCUCAAAACCUACAGGAGAAAGUGAUGCUACAGUUUUUCACUGCUCUACAAUUCGUAAAAAUAAAAGGGGCAAAGUAGAUGUAGUUUCUGAUGGUAGCAAGAAGGAUUGUAUGGAUCAUGCUAGCCAACUUUCAAUUGAGAAAAAAAAGAAUAAAGGAAAGCAAAGUAUUAGUUCGCCCAGUUCCCCACCUCCCAAGGGUAAGAAGGACAGACGAAUUCCAUGUGAAAAAGAUGCCAGUAUUUGUGAUAAAAUAAUGGCCAACGAACUGUCUGAUGCACCCAUCAAAUGCUCAACAUUAAGGAAGACCAGGGGAAGAAGAAAGUUGGACAACUCUGUUUUUAGUUGCCCUCCUUUGCCACGCACAAGGAAUAAUAGGAGCAAGGCUAUUGAAGCUGGUGAAGCUGAGUCAUUAGGAUCAUUGACUGAUCCCAAUAAAAAGCUUCCCAAGAAGAGGUCUUCUGGGAAGCAGCAGCCUUUUAAUAACUGGUCUUUUGAUAAAGAUUUUGUAGAAAAACAAAAGGCUUACUUCAAAGAAAUUGAUGACUUCGAACUGGAAGUGGAGGAAGACACAGAGUGAUUAUUAGAAGAGUAGACGAGGAGUGUGGGGUAGUGCACGUUGGUUGGUUUUUUGUAAUCUAAAUCUGAUGCGCUUGACAUAUGUACAGCUCGAAAAAGAUAUGAUGUGUAUAUUUCUUUCAUAAUUCGGAUAGAAAAGUUACUGUCAAAGUAAAAUCGGUAGAAGGUUACUAUAAAAAUAGAUCAGAGUAUGGCUUAAUACACUUCCGGAAUCAGACCGGGACUUGUUUAAAUCUGGUAGCGGUUCCACAUAUGUGGGAUCGGAACUAGUUGAUCGGGUUCACUUCAUACUCUCUUCCUCCUACAAUUAAUUUUAU